AUGGGUAAGAAAGGAAAAAUUGGAAAGCAAAGAAAAGAUAAAUUUUACAAAUUAGCAAAGGAAACAGGUUAUAGAUCACGUGCUGCUUUCAAAUUAAUUCAGCUAAAUCGAAAAUUUGAAUUUUUACAAAAAUCUCGAGUAUGUAUAGAUUUGUGUGCAGCUCCUGGAGGAUGGAUGCAAGUUGCUCGACAGAAUAUGCCAGUAUCCUCUAUAGUAAUAGGUGUAGACUUAUUUCCCAUAAAAACCAUCCCAGGAUGUAUCAGUUUAGUAGAGGAUAUUACAACAGAUAAAUGCCGUGUAUCGAUAGCACGUGAAUUGAAAACUUGGAAAGCUGAUGUUGUAUUACAUGAUGGAGCUCCAAAUGUCGGUAAAAGUUGGCUUCACGAUGCAUAUCAACAAAUUGUCUUAACUUUAGGUGCUCUUAAAAUGGCAACACAUUUUUUACGAUCUGGUGGAUGGUUCAUUACAAAAGUCUUUCGUUCAAAAGAUUAUAAUCCAUUGGUUUGGGUGUUAAAACAAUUAUUUAGAAAGGUCCAUGCAACUAAACCACAAGCAUCACGUAUAGAAUCUGCAGAAAUUUUUGUUGUUUGCCAGUAUUAUAUUGCUCCAGACAAAUUAGAUCCUAAAUUUCUAGAUCCAAAAUAUGUUUUUUCUGAAUUAGAGAUAGAACCUACAAAUAAAUUAAACGUUUUUAAUCCUGAAAAGAAGAAGGAUAAAGCAGAGGGUUAUCCAGAAAAUGAUUAUACUUUGUAUCAUAGACUUUCUGUUAAAGACUUUAUAGCUCAUGAAAAUGCUGUGGAAGCAUUGCAGAAUGUUUCUGAAAUUGUUUUUGAUGAUGAAACAAUAGAAAAUCACGAGAAAACGACCAAAGAAAUUAAAGAAUGUUGUAAAGAUAUUAAAGUAUUAGGUAAAAAGGAUUUACGAAAUUUAAUUAAUUGGUGGAAGCUAAUAAAGGAAUCUUUAAAGAAAGAAGAACCAAUAGAUACAAAUACACAAAAUUUACCUGAUGAGAUAACAGAAACAGCACCUAUGAGUCAAGAAGAAUUGGAAGAUUUAGAGGAUGAACAAAUUAGGAAACAAAUUGAAGAACUUAGAAAAGAAGAAGCUAGAGAGCUUAAACGAAAAAAGAAGAAGACAAACAAAGAAAGACAAAAAUUAAACGAACGACUUAAUUUAAAAAUGAUCCAUAAAGGAAACGAAGGUCCUAUAUUAGAAGAAGAUAAUAUGUUUAGCUUAAAAGAUAUUAAAACACAUCAACAGUUAGAGAACAUAAUAGACCAGGAUCCUAAUGUAAUAGCAGAAAGUGAUGCAGAUUCAGAUCCAGAACGAAGAAAGCCAAAGAAAGUCACAUAUAAUAAGGAUGAGGGACAAUUGGAUAGCUCAGGAUUAUAUUAUAAAACAGAAGAUAGUGAACCAGAAAGUUCAAGUGAUGCUUCAGAUGAUGAUUUGGACAGUAAUAAGUCAGGCUUAGGUUUAAAUGAAUCUGAUGAUGAAGAUACAAAAAAGGUCAGAAUAAAGAGAAAAAAUAUUGAUGAAGAUUCAGAAAAUCCUUUGUUAACUGAUUUAGAUCAUAGGGAUAAAAAAACUAAAAGGAUACACAAAGCAGAAUUGUGGUUUGAGAAAGAUAUAUUUAAAAAUUUAGAAAAUGAAAAUGAUGAAGAUUUUGAAUUGGAUAAAAUGGUUGAGCAAUACAAAAAGAAAGGUGGUUGUAUAAUAGGAGAAGAUGUUCCUGUAGCUGGUGGUAAUGAAAACAAAGUAAAAGAAAAUAAAGGUCAUUAUAAUAGCAAUGAUACAGAUUCCGAUUAUGAUGUGGAUAAGGUGAUGCUUUCAAAUAAAAAAUCUGAAACAUAUAAAAUUGAUAAUAAAGAUAAUAAAAAAGCAAGUACAAGAUUAAAGAAAAAGAAACGUUUAUCAGAAGAAGACUUAGCAUUAGGAUCAUUAUUAGUUCAAAGUAAAAAAACUCGAAGGGAUUUAGUUGAUUCAGCUUGGAACAGAUAUGUAUUUAAUGAUGAAAAGUUACCAGAUUGGUUUGUGCAAGACGAAGAAAAACAUAUGAAAAAUGUAGCACCAGUACCUAAAGAACUUGUUGACGAAUACAAAAAACGUGUCGAAGAUUUGAAUGUUAGACCAAUUAAAAAGGUAAUAGAGGCAAAAACAAGGAAAAAACGAAGAGCACUACGUAAGUUAGAAAAAGCAAAGAAAAAGGUAGAAGCAAUAAUGGAUAAUACUGAUAUUAGUGACAGAGAAAAAGCUAAACAAGUACAAGCCUUGUACAAGAAAGCUCAUAAAGAACCGAAAAAGGAUGUUACUUACGUGGUGAUGAAAAAACAUAUGGCACAGAAAAAAGCGGCGAGACCACCUGGUGUUAAAGGACGUUACAAAUUAGUUGAUCCAAGAAUGAAAAAAGAUUUACGCGCUGCGAAAGCAAAAGAAAAAACUAAAGGACGAAAGAAGAAUCGUGGUGGUAAACUACCUCGUGGAAAACCUAAAGCACAUAAGGGAAAGAAAUCAAAGUAAUUUAUUUUGGAUAAAUUACAUAUAGU